CUUUCAAUGAAUGUUGUGAAAAAAACAAAAAAAUUUACAGAAAAUUAAAUAAAAUUAAAUAAUCGGAAAAAUACAGAGAAAAAGAUGCUGUUAGAUGAUAAACAACAAAAAUAUAAACAAUUUGUGGAUAAAUUAUUGCAACGUUGCCAGGAAAUACAAACAGAAAAUGAAAGACAUGUUUUAAGAAUCAACACCAUCAAAAAACUUAUACGAAGACGUGUACGUGAUGUUGAGCUACUUAAAAGACGUUUAGAUCAACAUAACGACAAUUGGCGUGCCCUGCCCAUGGUGGCACCACAUCCUAAACGUAAAAUUGAACAGAAACGUGGUCCUAAGCCCAAAAAUAAAGAUUGUAAUGCUCAAGAUCAAAAGGAGAAAAAGGUUCGCAAACAGCGUGUUAAGAAAAAUGGUGAAGAUAAACCCAACAACAACAACAAUGCCAAUAAUACAUCAUUGGCCGAGGUGCAAGAUAUGCUGGAACAGACACGCUAUCAAGAAAGUCAGGCUCAACAGUUGUUAAUGAUGCAGCAGCGACAGUUGAAUUUGAAAAAUGAUCAGCUACUUUGAUUGCUAGUUAAUGUUAGAAUAUUUAAGGUUAAUAAAUUAAAUUAAGUAGAAUUUUAAGAAAUUGAUGUAAAAGUUAAUAGUAGAAAACUUUUACUUAAGAUAAGAUUUUCGUUAAUGUAGAACUAUUACUAAAAUAAACAAAAAAAGUUUUUCUAUAA